ACAAGUAGUAAGAGAUAAAGUUUUGCACAUCAAAAGAGAUGAGGCCUGCAAGCAACUCCACUGCAUCUGCAACUGGAGCCGGUUUCGGGCACUGGAACUCUCCCGUUCCUUACCUCUUUGGUGGCCUAGCACUCAUGCUAGGACUCAUUGCUUUUGCACUAGUCAUUCUAGCUUGUUCGUACAAAAACUCUCCAUCCAAUUCCGCUCAUGAUGAAGCUGAAGAAAAGCCUGCCAAGCAAGUGAGCAUGCAACUAGAAAUGGAGCCUAAGAUUGUUGUCAUCAUGGCUGGUGAUGAAAAUCCUACUUACCUGGCGAAGCCGGCCUCUUCCACUCGCCUUAGUGAACAAGUUUGAGAGAGUUACAUGAAGCUUAAAGGGAAAAACUUAAAGAAUAUCUUUUAUCUUUCAACCUUAAUUCCUUCAUCAUGGUUUUUUCCAUAUAAUUCUUUUUGUUGUGUUUGUUUUCUUUUUUCUAGUUCAGGUGUAGUUGCAGUUUUGCGGGAAUAUGUAUAUGUUGAUGAGCAUAUGAAAAAUGUUAAGCUCACCUUUUUUGUGGGUGUUUUACAAAUAAUCUUCAUUUGUUUCCUUUCCUUUCUUGUUAUUCUUUUUUUUUUUUUCUCAUUUUGUUUUUCUUUUCUGGUUGAGGGUUCAAGUAAGGAUAUAUACAUUGGAAAUUCGGAAUUGAUCCAUUAUGCAAAGGGGAAAAACAAAAACAGAACAAAGUAAAUAAAAAUGAAGAAAAAAUAUUGUUCUGUUUUAAGUUUAUAGCAUCCUUAAUUUUGUGGAUUA